AUGCCUGCACCAGAAGAAAAUGUGGAUACCAAAACAGUACAGCCACAAGAGCAAGCGAUGCGAGAAAUAACUCAGACUGAUCAUUUAAAUAAGAAGUUAUUAACAUCUCUAUUCAAGAGAUUAGAUGAAGGUGGUAACUCUUUAUUAGAAACAAUGUUAGAACCUGAUAAUAAUUCAGAAGAAAAUGAUGAAUGGCAAGAA